AUCAAACACAUUUUUGUGCUUUGAUGCGUUUUGCUCGUGUUUCUACUUUCUAUGUUCUCUCCGUCCAGCACAAACGAGGAGUUUGUGGGCAUGAUCCAGAGUGGGGAUCGGACUCGGUUUGAUGUGGAGGUGCUAAAACAGCUGCUUAAGCUCCUGCCAGAGAAGCAUGAGAUGGAGAAUCUGAAGUCCUACCAGGGAGAGAAAGACAAGCUGGCAAAUGUCGAUCGCUUCUACACCGCUCUCCUUACUGUGCCAUGUUAUCAGUUGAGGAUUGAGUGCAUGCUUUUGUGCGAGGAAACUGCAUCGGUGUUGGAGAUGCUCAAACCUAAAGUCAAGCUUGUGGAGGAGGCCUGCCACUCUCUUAGAACGAGCACGCUCAUGCCCAGUUUUUGCAGGCUCAUCCUCGACGUGGGAAAUUUUCUAAACUAUGGAAGUCACACUGGGAACGCAGAGGGGUUCAAGAUUAGCUCCCUGCUCAAGCUCACAGAAACCAAGGCCAACAAGAGCCGCAUUACGCUGCUUCAUCACAUCCUGGAGGAAGCAGAGGCAAACCACCCAGAGCUGUUGGCUCUACCGGAUGAAAUAGCCAUAUGUGAAAAGGCAGCAGGAGUUAACCUGGACUCUGUUCAGUCAGAAGCCAGUGCGUUACUCAAACGGCUGAAUGAGACAGCCAAGAAAGUCUCCAACUCUGCGGAGGAGGUGAAGGAGCAGUAUGCAAAGGUUCUCGAGGCAAAUCUGGAGUUGUUCGGAGAAUUAAACGAGAGAUUUGCCGCGAUUGAGACGAAAAAGGGUGAACUGGCUGUCUAUUUAUGUGAAGAUGCCAAUCAGCUGUCACUGGAGGAACUCUUCGGUACCAUCAGGACUUUCCGAGGACUCUUCAUCAAGGCGCUGAAGGAAAACAAAACUCGGACAGAACAGGCGGCCAAGGCUGAGAAGAGAAAGAAGCAGCUGGCAGAGGAACAGUCCAAGAGACAGAAAGGAGAGAAUGGGAAAAUAAUCAAGAAAGGUUUUGUGCCGCAGAACGACGGCUGCAUCAUAGAAAACCUCCUGGCGGACAUCAGAAAAGGUUUCAGCCUCAGAAAGACCCGGCCAAGGUGCGAUUCGGAAAGCCUCCCUUCUAGUGAAAUGCGUAGGGAUACCUGCCCACAUGGAUCAAGUGCGAAGUCUGUAGGCGAAGAAGCCGUCGACAUGGCCACCAUUUCCGCUCCUACCGCGUCUCGGACAGAGGGUCGCCACAACAGCACGGGCGAGGUGAACGGCUUUAUAAGCCCAUCAGAAGAGACUCUGCCGGCUCCUCAGCUGAAUGCAGUGCACGACUGCACAGCCGCACCUCCAAGCACACUCCCAGGAAAGACAGCUCCAGCAGCACUCCUGGGAAGACCUACAUCUCUGCAGCCAGAGAAAGAUGCAGCAUCACCCAUAGAUGUGACUCAAGCUCAGUCUCAGGUUAAAGGGGACCACCAACCAUGCCUCCCCACAAAUGGCUUUUCAUUAGAUUCAGCAGAGACCAGCGUCAUCAGUCCUUCAUCCCUCUCAGACUCUGACCUGCUGGAGGCUACGUUUGAUGACACACCCAGCCCGGCCCCCGAGCAGCCAACGGAUCUUAGCGUAAACGUUCAUGUCAAAGAAAUUCCAAGUACGGACACGAAGCAGAGCAUGGAAAGCGAUAUUAUGGGAGAGGGGAAAGGAGAAACUACUAAUAAACCAAGCCAUUUACCAGAGACUGUAGGGCAAGAGAAGUGGCACGAGGAGACCGCGUACACGGGGGCGAAAACGUCUGGCCAAGACGAAGUCGAUAGUUGCAAACUUGCAGACCCCAAAAAGAGCCUGAUUACGCUCGAUGAAGGCAUCAUGCAGUGCGACGUCCAAGAUGCACUGGAACCAGAAGAUCUGGCAUCUGUGUCCGAAGCCCUUAAGCCAGACCCAAAGAAACAGAUGAAGCUCUUUAAACGAAACAAAAAGAAGAGUAAUCAAGGUAACCUAUCCAUUCACUUCAAUAAAGGCCAUCUCUGGAAUGCUAGUCUCUUGACGUUUCUUAAAGCGAAUCCUCUGUUAGUGUUUUUAUUCCAUUUAACAUUUUAUAUCUUAUGUAUGGGCUAUUUUACUAUAUGUGCAUAAAUAUUUUACAUGAAUACAUAUCUUUUAAAUUAAACAGUAUGAGUGCAGCAUUUGUCUUGAAGAUUGAAUACUGAAUGGAUUUUUUUAAAACCUGUGGUCCCUUUUUGUUUGAAUGUUCUGUUUUCCGUUCUGAAACACAAGGUAACAGUGGGAAAGGACACACUAAACAUAAAACAGGCUGUGUGUUGCAGUGAGGUAGGUCAAGUCGAUGGGAUGGCAAACCGUAAGCCGGAAAUUAACUCAAUCAUCGUCAGAGCUUUUGUUCCAAAUAACACGUCAUCUGUUGGUCUAACCGGAAUCUGGAUCUCAUUUGUCUGUGUUGUCCGACUUUUAACACACGGCCGUCUCUCUUAACGCUCUCCCAGUUUAGCUGGUUGUCGGGCUAAACUCUUGGGGUUUGUGAUAUCUGUUAAACUUGAGCCGGGGGGCAAAAUAAAAGUAUUGUCUUGUGCAAUAAUCAUCUUUAAUUAGUGGUUAAUCUAUUGAAAUUAAGUUUUCUGAUCUCAAACAGCCUCGCCGUUUGUGGAGUCUCUGUGAAGCCAUUGUGGACAGUUAUUUCAUGAAAGCUGUCACUUGUGUCCUCUUCUUCUUCCUCCAUAUAUUCUUGUCCAUUCUCUGAAUCUACAACGAUUUAACCUGCUAACAGUCUCGUGUGCUUCUUGUAAACUGUUUUGUUAAUUAAACAUACUGUACAUGAUAUAAAAUGUAUUUUAAAAAAAAAUUAACUCAAACUCUGGGCAUCUCUAAGCCAAUAAUAGUGUUUGCAAGCAAAGCGCCUCUCUGCUGAGGGCCUUUGAGCCGGCAGUGUCGCUUACAGAAAUAACUGUGAAAGGUAUUAAAGUACACGCUUUCAUUCGCACUAUUGAUUUGAGCAUUUGUUCUCUCUAGGUGACUCCAGAAAAAGAAAAUCGAGAGGGAAAAGAAAAUGCUGACUUCCGAGCAGGAGUUCAGAACAGUUUAUUUUAUUGGGAUUCCAUAAUGUUGAUUGGAGGAUGUGGAAGUCUUCUGUGAAGCCUCAUCCUGACCAAGAAGAGCGACCACAUCUGAGGCUGGGAUUUUUUUUUUUUCUUCAAUAAAUAAAUGUUUAUUUAUAUAGCACCUUUCAAGACAGAAUCACAAAGUGCUGCACAUAAGAUUACAAGUCAUAAAAAGAUUUAAAAAGAGAAAAUAAAACGGGCAAAACAUUAACCAAAAGCAGUUUUAAAAAGAUGAGUUUUGAGUUGUUUUUUAAAAACAGCGACUGAGUCCGCAGUUAAUGUUGGGGAAGAGAGUGCCACAGUGGCAAAAGCUCUAUCAGCCUUAGUUCUCCUUAGUUUUCACGUUAAAGUCACUUUAUGUAAACUGGAGGGUUUUUGUGUUUAUGAGGACUAUUUUGAGGGGGAGAAAAAAAGCUAAAUGUUCUUUAUAUGUUUGUAUAAUUGUUGUAAUAUGCAGUGAAUGUGUUUUUGCUAUAAGCUUUGUUUAUGUUUGCAGCACCCAUAAAAAGAUGCAGUGUUUGGUUUGAGAUAUUGAAUUUAAUCAAUUAUAAAAUAAUACAAAUCUUAUGUCUUAAUUUCUUUGUUAAUCAAAUGAUCUGCGACAGGAUAUAUGCGUAUAAAGGAGAGCGAGAAUGGACUGUAACUUUUAAUGUUGGGUAUAUUUUAAUAAAAUUGAAGAUACUGUU